GCGCACAGCCUGAGGAGGAGAGUGGAUGCUGGACAACAUGACGGACUGUGAAGAGGCAGAGGGGGGACCCAACAGUCAGGGUGAUGGGAACCCCAAAGAGAGCAGUCCUUUCAUCAACAGCAGUGCAGCCAGUGACGCAGAGAAGAGCCAGCAGUAUGACGGCAAGAACAUGGCUCUGUUUGAGGAGGAGAUGGAUACCAGUCCCAUGGUUUCCUCUCUGCUCAGCAGUCUGGCAAACUACUCCAACCUGCCAACCGGCAGCAAAGAGCACGAAGAGGCCGAGAACAAUGAAGAGGGGGCGCGUCCGUCUAAAAAACCUGUAAAGGCUCCACAGCUCGGCACUCUGAUGGGCGUCUACCUCCCGUGUAUCCAGAACAUUUUUGGGGUGAUCCUCUUCCUGCGGAUGACGUGGAUGGUCGGGAUCGGAGGCGUCUUUGGCUCCUUCAUCAUCGUUUUCAUGUGUUGCUCCACAACCAUGCUCACAGCCAUCUCCAUGAGCGCCAUCGCAACAAACGGAGUUGUACCGGCUGGAGGUUCAUAUUACAUGAUCUCCCGGUCCCUCGGGCCUGAAUUUGGUGGAGCAGUUGGAAUCUGUUUCUACUUGGGCACCACUUUUGCAGGUGCCAUGUACAUUCUUGGCUGUAUUGAAAUUCUGCUUAUUUAUAUUGUUCCCCAGAUGGCUAUCUUUAAGAUUGAGGGUCUUGAGGGGGCCGAAGCAGAGGCGGCUCUCCUCAACAACAUGCGUGUAUAUGGCACCAUCGUACUGAGCUUUAUGGCGCUGGUGGUGUUCGUCGGGGUCAAGUACGUGAACAAGCUGGCGCUGGUUUUCCUCGCCUGUGUCAUCCUUUCCAUCUUGGCUGUUUAUGCCGGAGUAAUCAAGACUGCUCUCGACCCCCCGGUGUUCCCCGUCUGCAUCCUCGGAAAUCGUACUCUUCUCUCUAAAGGAUACGACAUCUGUGCGAAGGUCAUCGAAAUAGACAAUGACACUGUCACCACCAAACUGUGGAGGUCCUUCUGUGACUCUGACAGCCUCAACGCCACAUGUGACGAUUACUUCACCAACAACAACGUCACAGAGAUUCAGGGUAUCCCAGGGGUCACAAGUGGCAUCCUGGCAGAGAAUCUGUUUGGUAACUACCUGGAAAAAGGGAUGUUUUUGGAGAAACGUGGGCUGUCAUCUGACGCAGAUCCAGACAGUCCCCCCACAACAGGCUCCAACCGUUAUGUCCUGGCUGACAUCACAAGCUUCUUCACCCUGCUAGUUGGGAUUUACUUCCCAUCAGUCACAGGUAUCAUGGCCGGCUCAAACCGCUCUGGAGACCUGCGUGAUGCUCAGAAGUCGAUUCCCAUCGGUACGAUUGCAGCCAUCACAACCACCUCGACUGUGUACAUAUCCUGUGUGGUGUUGUUUGGUGCCUGUAUAGAGGGAGUCGUCCUACGAGACAAGUUUGGUGAAGGGGUCAACGGUAACCUGGUGAUCGGGACUUUAGCAUGGCCAUCUCCAUGGGUCAUUGUGAUCGGCUCCUUCUUCUCCACCUGUGGAGCGGGUCUCCAGAGUCUGACGGGAGCUCCACGUCUUCUACAGGCCAUCUCCCGAGACGGCAUCAUCCCAUUUCUCAGAGUGUUCGGGCACGGCAAAGCUAAUGGAGAACCCACCUGGGCCCUCCUACUGACUGCUAGCAUUUGUGAGAUUGGCAUCAUUAUUGCCUCCCUGGAUGCGGUCGCACCUAUCCUGUCCAUGUUCUUUCUGAUGUGCUACAUGUUUGUCAAUCUUGCCUGUGCACUGCAGACUCUGCUGAGGACACCAAACUGGAGACCUCGCUUUAAAUUUUACCACUGGGCUCUGUCUUUCUUGGGUAUGAGUCUGUGUCUUUCACUCAUGUUCAUCUGCUCCUGGUAUUACGCCAUAGUCGCCAUGGGGAUUGCCACCUGCAUCUACAAAUACAUUGAGUUUUGUGGAGCUGAGAAAGAGUGGGGUGAUGGGAUACGUGGCAUCUCUCUCAGCGCUGCUCGCUUUGCUCUUAUGAGGCUGGAGGAGGGACCACCACACACCAAGAACUGGAGGCCUCAAAUCAUGGUUCUGGUGAGUGUGGAUGCUGAACAGAAUGUAGAGCAGCCUCGUCUCCUUUCUCUGACCAAUCAGCUGAAAGCAGGAAAGGGUCUGACCAUCGUGGGGACCUCAGUUCAAGGAACCUUCCUCGACAACUACACCGAGGCUCAGAGGGCAGAUCAGUCUUUGCGCAAACUGAUGGAGACAGAGAAGGUGAAGGGCUUCUCUCAGGUGGUCAUCUCCUCCAACCUGAGAGAUGGGACAUCUCACUUGGUCCAGGUUGGAGGACUGGGAGGUCUGAAGCACAACACUGUGAUGGUCGGCUGGCCCAAAAACUGGAAACAGCCAGAGUACCACCAAGAGUUCAGGAACUUUAUUGAGGUGGUCCGAGAGACAACAAUGGCCAGCAUGGCCUUGUUGGUUCCCAAGAAUAUCCAUAGCUACCCCUCUAACAGUGAGCGCUUCACUGAAGGUCACAUAGAUGUGUGGUGGAUCGUUCAUGAUGGAGGCAUGCUGAUGCUGCUGCCCUUCCUGCUGCGCCAGCACAAGGUGUGGAGGAAGUGCAAGAUGCGCAUCUUCACUGUGGCUCAGAUGGAUGACAACAGCAUCCAGAUGAAGAAAGACCUCAUCAUCUUCCUCUAUCACCUGCGUAUCGAUGCUGAGGUGGAGGUGGUGGAAAUGCAUGACGGUGACAUUUCAGCUUACACCUAUGAGAAGACACUGAUCAUGGAACAGCGCUCACAAAUCCUCAAACAGAUGCAUCUGACCAAGAAUGAGAUGGAGAGAGAGAUCCAGAGCAUCACAGAUUCAUCCCGUGGAUCCAUUCGGCGUAAAAACCCGCCCGGCCUGCGCUCCCAGCGCAGCACUGACGAUGCAGCCAGCGUUGCAGAGAGGCCAGAGGAUGAGGUACAGCUGAUCCACAGUAAGAACGCCUCCACACCCACCAGCCCCACCAGCCUCAAUCCUCCCACUGCGGACAACAAGGGUGCAGACAAGGGACAGACAGCCAACGCAGGAACGAUCAAAGACCUCUUCAACAUGAAGCCAGAAUGGGAGAACUUAAGCCAGAUAGACGUGAGGCGCAUGCACACAGCGAUGCGGCUCAAUGAGGUCAUCACCAAGAAGUCCAAGGAGGCAAAGCUUGUUCUGCUCAACAUGCCGGGACCACCCAAGAACCGCGUGGGAAAUGAAAACUACAUGGAGUUCCUCGAGGUGCUCACUGAGGGUCUCAAUCGGGUCCUGCUGGUGCGUGGAGGAGGACGUGAGGUCAUCACCAUUUACUCCUGAAGUGCUCUGAACAGCACCUCCACGGACUUCUCCCUCUCUUACCUCUGUGUCAUUUCAGUGAAAUCUCCCAGCACCCUCCAUCUACAUGUUUAUCCUCUUAACCAUCACACGAAGCGUUAUGCAGCAGUCACCUUUCUAUGCUCAACUUGUCAGCUGAUGAGAACAGAUCAAUUUAUUGUUAGCUCUGAUGUGUAAAUUAUAUUUGUAUCCUCUUUUGCUCUGGUCCUUGUCAUUUGUAAAAGAGGCAUGUUUUUUUUCUUUAUUAUUAUUUCUUAUUUUAUUUGUUAUUGCUUUAUUUCAUUAUUAUUGUUAUUUAAGUAGUUAGUCAUCUUAUCAUGUCUGUCUUUCUCCUGUUUUUGCUCUUUCAUUGUAUGGUUGAUUUUAAUCUUAAAUUGAAAAGGGUGGCUGCAGACUGUUGUUCAUUCAACUGUAGGCUUGUAUUGAGUGUUCAUAAAGCAGGAGUCAGAGGUUUCUAUGUAUACAAUUUACCAAAACAGACAAGAGACCAACUGGAUCAAAUAGAUUUUCCUACUGUUUCCCAGUUUCCACUCAUUUUAUACACUAAGUCUAUUUACCGUCAGUGUAAAUGCUGAUAUGUGGGAUUUGCAGUUUAAGCCCCGGCCAUAAACAAUGUUUUAAUCCCAGUCUCGUCCUUUAUUAUGGCAGGGAUUUAUCGGUUUGUUUGUUUGUGAAUUGUGCUUAACAGAAAUAAUAUAAAUCAAAAGACUUCCUGUGGAUUAACGUUAUUGUUUAUUUCAUUAUCCCUACAGAUGUGGUUAGAUCAUAUAGAUUACAUGAUCGAAGUGCAAUACAAAACUUUUGAGCUUAGCCACUUUAUAUACUGCUCCUCAGUCUAUUUAUAUGUAAUCUCUUAUGUAGCCAUGAUUCACUGCACUCACUGCCCUGAUGUUUUCAUGUCAUUUCAUUUCAUUUAAUGAUAAAAGUAGUAGUACUUAGGGAGUAAUCCACAAAUUAAAGUAAACCUUUAUUACAUUUAAGCAUAUUAUUUAAAGUGAGACAUGACAUCUGCAUUUAAACGUCACAUAUAUAAUCAGCUUCAAAACAGAAUUUCAAAGAUAUGUAAUUUUAGGUGGAGUUUAAAUGUUAAGAAUACUCACAAAUGUAUUUCUAAGGUGAUGAUGUUUCACAUUGUAAAUCAGGAUAAGAUGUUUAUCUUUAUUAAACUUAGAGAAUGUUUUAGACAUUUUAUCUCAGAUGAUUUAUUUUUUAUAGCUGUGGCUCAGAAAAAAAGUUUUAGAAAUAUAAUUCAUAUGAAAAAAAAUAUUUAUUGCAUUUUAUGCACAGUAUUAACUAAGUGGUUUAACAGCAUUACAAAUAUGCUCACACCACUCUUAGCAUUAAGCUUGUCUCGGCAAAACGACCAGCAACAUGCCUGUAUGGCAUGUCAGAGCUUAAAUAAUUAAUAUGUGUCAAUGAAGCAGAGAAUAAAAACUAAUAUUCAGUUAAUGUGAGGUUGUGCACUGUAAUCAGGAACAAAGCCAGGUUUGUAUGACCAAGCUAACCAGCUAGUGUUAUGCCUUUAUUUUUCAUCAACCAAACUUUGAGAAAGAAGCUAAAAAGUGUAUUUACCAAAAUGUCAAACUACUUUACAUUGUGUAUAUGCUGCAAGGAUUGAAAAGGUUAUUGCAUUACCUGUGAUGUAAGAAUCUACUGAGUAUGUAUGCAAAAAUGCAGGAUAUCAUCUGCAAAGAAAAACUCCAGAGAAAUUCAGCAUUGUAGUACGUUUAUAAAUGAAGUCAGAUUA